AUGUCACCCACCUCCGUCUUCGCAGCCAACAACACGGCCCUCAUCACCGGCGGUGCGAGCGGGAUUGGCCUCGCCGUUGCCCAGCUCUGCCUCAAGCACAGCAUGCGCGUCGCCAUCGCCGACUGGAACACCGACACGCUCGCAAAGGCGGAAGAGAUCCUGGGACGCGGCAAGGUCGACACGUACCAGACGGACGUCUCGAAGCCGGAGGCGUGGGCCAAGCUAAAGAGCAGCGUGCUCGAGAAGUUCGGCGGGAAUGUGGAUUUCUUGAUGUUGAACGCUGGCGUGGGGAUGAAGGGGACUUGGGGCGAUGCAGAGUACUUCGAGAAGACCCUCGCAACCAACCUCUUCGGCGUCAUCAACGGCCUCAACGCCUUCGUCCCCGCCUUCCGCUCGGCCGCCGCCGCCACCAACAAGCCCUCCGCCAUCGUCAUCACCGGCAGCAAGCAGGGCAUCACCAACCCGCCGGGCAACGCCGCGUACAACGCAUCAAAGGCCGCCGUCAAGUCGCUCGCCGAGCACCUCGCCUACGACCUGCGCACCGAGGCGCCCUCCACAUCCGUCCACCUGCUCGUUCCCGGUUGGACCUUCACCGGCCUCAGCGGCGGCGGGCCCGGCAGCGCCAAGGAGAAGCCCGCCGGCGCGUGGUCGUCGGACCAGGUCGCCGACUACAUGUACGAGAAGAUGGGGGAGAAUAAGUUUUAUAUUAUUUGUCCGGAUAACGAUGUUAGUGAGGAGACGGAUAAGAAGAGGAUGCUGUGGAGUGUGGGGGAUGUGGUGAAUGGUAGGCCGCCGCUGACGAGGUGGAGGGAGGAGUGGAAGGGGGAGGCGGAGAAGUGGAUGAGUGAGCAGAAGGUCUAA